CGAGCUCCCUCGGGGUGGAGGCGGGGUCCGAGCUAGGGAUCCGCGCUCCGGGCGUGGCGGUCCGGCCGCCAGGGGCGGUCCCAGCGGCGGGCUGGGCGGCCGGCGAGCUGUGUGGUCGCAGUCAUGAAGGUGCAGCCAGCCGGCUAGGCCCGGGGCGGCUUCAGCCCAGAGCGGCCGGCGGAGGGCUGGGCCGGGUCCUCGGCUCCGGGUCCCAGGAUCGGCGGGCAGCUGCUCACCAUGCCCGGCAAGCAUCAGCACUUCCAGGACCCCGAGAUCGGCUGCUGCGGGAAAUACUUCCUGUUUGGCUUCAACAUUGUCUUCUGGGUGCUGGGAGCCCUGUUCCUGGCCAUUGGCCUCUGGGCCUGGGGUGAGAAGGGUGUCCUCUCCAACAUCUCGGCGCUGACAGAUCUAGGUGGUCUUGACCCUGUGUGGCUGUUUGUGGUGGUUGGGGGUGUCAUGUCAGUGCUGGGCUUUGCUGGCUGCAUUGGGGCUCUCCGGGAGAACACCUUCCUGCUCAAGUUUUUCUCUGUAUUCCUCGGCCUCAUCUUCUUCCUGGAGCUGGCAACAGGGAUCCUGGCCUUUGUCUUCAAAGACUGGAUUCGAGACCAGCUCAAUCUCUUCAUCAACAACAAUGUCAAGGCCUACCGGGAUGACAUUGACCUUCAGAACCUUAUUGACUUUGCUCAGGAAUAUUGGUCUUGCUGUGGAGCCCGAGGGCCCAAUGACUGGAACCUCAAUAUCUACUUCAAUUGCACUGAUUUGAACCCAAGCCGGGAGCGCUGUGGGGUGCCCUUCUCCUGCUGUGUCAGGGAUCCUGCGGAAGAUGUCCUCAAUACCCAGUGUGGCUAUGAUAUCCGACUCAAACUGGAGCUGGAGCAGCAGGGCUCUAUCCACACAAAAGGCUGUGUGGGCCAGUUUGAGAAGUGGCUACAGGACAACCUGAUUGUGGUGGCCGGGGUCUUGGUGGGCAUUGCCCUCCUCCAGAUAUUUGGCAUCUGCCUGGCCCAGAACCUCGUGAGUGACAUCAAGGCAGUGAAGGCCAACUGGAUCACACAUGGUGAUGGCUACAAACUUCUCAAUAAACAACACUUUGAAAACCCCUGGCUUAUGCUCACCAUCUUCGAAGGUUCUAUCGGCAGUGCAGCCUCAACAGAGCUCUCCACUGAGGGCACUGGCCCGAACCCAACCUCCCAACAAGGCCUCAUAGACCUGGGUAGUUUAUGCACUUGAGACAGCCUCUGAAGUGAGUGUAUUGCAUUUAAGUCCAAAUCUCCUGCUUCUUCUGAAGAAUGACUGUCUGGCCACACCAGCUCUUCAGUGGCAGUGUCAUCUAAAACAGGACACAGAGGCCCUGCCCGCUCUGUUCUCACCUAAGUGCCCAACCUCACCCCCAGGACCUGGGAGUUGGCCUUUCCCACCUCUGUGGAUUAUUCCCAGCAAAUACCCUGAGGUUGCAGUGGCUCAGCCUCAAAGGCACAGAGAUGAAGAAUGGGGUACUGGAGAUCACCCCUAAGAGCCUAGCCUGAGAGGGUCCUAGCCCUGCUGGGGAAUGAGGUGGGUGUCAGAAUGCCCACACUGAAUGACAGGGGUGAUGGCAGGAUGAUUAUGCAAAGAAAGUACCUGGAAGCCCAUGACUUGGUACCCAUGAAGUAGAGAGCGUAGAUGGAUGCUUGGUUGCUUCUUGGGCUUGGAAUGGAGUUCAAAAACUCUGUGGCCUACAGGGCUGCCUUAUGGCCACCAGAGGGCAUAUCAGCACCACAUUCUCUGCACAUGGCUCUGUUCCCUGCUUCUCGAGGGUUACUUGGAAAACAUCUAAAGAAGUGAGCCAGUUCUGGCUUGGCCAGUCUGACUGCUCAAAGAGGGUGUGUGUGGAAUGACCCUGACCUAACCUGUGCUGGACCAAAGGAGGGUUGGAAUAGUUCAGAGGUUGCAACUCUGGUGUCCUCAGUGAGUUAUAGGAAUGAGUGGAGUAGCAAGGCCUGCUUUAUUUUGACUUGACCACUGUUACUGGAAACCAAAGACACGGUUGUAUGAGGAGAAAUUUAUGUGUAAUCAGAUUAUGGUAACUUGCUUCAGAAUACAGUGGGGGUAUGGUGAGGUCUGUGCCAAAACACAGAUACCAUCCGAAGGUGCCAACUGCUGUUAUAGCUAACUGCUGUGAUGUGGGAAUGCAGGUCUGACAACAGAAGUCAUGGAGAAACUUGGAAUUCACAGUUGGUUGUAAGAUAGCUGGAUUUUUUUAACUGAAAAACUUAAGUCUGCAAGCUGCCCAAAGAGCCCAUGGCUUUGGCUUUGUGUUAGUGUCACUCACAGGGGCCCUGACUGCUUAGCCAUUUGGGGGUGCUGGGAGCUGCUGCCGGGUAGGUGGUGGGCACCCAGCAGCUUUUCUCCCUGGCAUAGGCUGGACAAGGGACUCCUGACUGUGCUGGCUGUGGUGGUUUUGUACACUGCAAUAAACACAGCUCAAAAUGUG